AUGGUGAGAGCCCGACAAUACCAGGCCCUGGUGGCCGGCAUCACCCUAGUCCUCGGUCUAUGGUUCAUGCUGGCGUGGUUCCACGAGUUGAAUAUCCUAAGAUGGAAUCACGAUGCCUACCUCGACGUUUUUCACGGUAGUCUGCCACCAGUACCGCAUUACCAGCCGGGCGAACCGCCAUUCCAAUCGCACAAGGUAGACGAGCAGCAGCCUCAAAGCAGUGGUGAUUUUGACGGUUCGUUCCCUGCGGAUGACAGGUUGAAGGAGGACGUGAAGACGAAGAUAGAUAGUCCGGAAAUGGGACAUGUCGAGAAUGCCGACUUGGCGCUGUCUCCGUCUCCUGUCUCUGCCUUGGUGAUGCCGACGUCACUGAUGGGAAGCGCAACGCCAACACCUUCGCACUCUUGGUAUGGAGAUUGGAAUCCCGCGUGGGAUGACAAGGAUACUUGGCCGAAGCUCUCGAAACCUAGCAACCCAACAUCCACACACUCAACAGUCCUAUCGUUACCAACAUCUCAUAUCUCGCACGCCACGUUGAAAGAGUACAUCUACUCGAUCAUGGACUUCCGAAACAACCCCAUCGGCAACCGGAUGUCAUGCCCGUCAGAGAUCGGAUCGCGGUAUAAGCUACUACGCGGAGAGGCCGCACACGGGGGCCAAGUGCGGUACUUCUUCGCGCUGAACCUGCAUCAGUCUCAGCUGGUGCUUCCACGGCUGAUGAGCAGUAUCAUUGAAGCGAUGCGGUUCCUGGGACCGGAGCACUGCGCCAUCUCUGUGGUCGAAGGACGGUCCACAGACGGCACGGAUGAUAUUCUGCGGGCGCUGAAGCCGCAGGUCGAGGCUAUGGGGGCUCAAUUCUUCCUCGAACACAGUAGCCUUGACCCCAAGGAUGGCCAUGUGAACCGCAUUGAAGCGCUGGCGGAACUGCGGAAUGCAGCGCUGGCACCGUUGAAGGCUAAUUAUGGGAUGAAAAAUUUGGCGGGAACGUACUCCCCCGACGCGGUUGUGAUUUUCAUCAACGAUAUCGCGAUGUGUCCGGAGGAUAUCCUGGAACUGGUAUACCAGCACGUCAAUCAAGACUCGCACAUGACAUGUGCCUUCGACUGGAUCUUCAACGGGACCUCAUUCUAUGACGUCUGGGUCUCGCGGUCACUGGUAGGCAACUUGUUCUUUGAGAUCCCGCACGACGGGUCGUGGACCUAUAACAAGGACCUAUUCUUCGACGACCCGUACAGCCGAAAGCGGUACGAAGCGUUCCGCCCGCUGCAGGUGUACUCCUGCUGGGGAGGGAUGGUCGUGCUGGACGCAGCCCCAUUUGUUGCAGAGACCGUCAAGUUCCGCGCUUCCAGGGAGGGCGAGUGUUACAUGGGUGAGCCCACGCUGCUUGCGAAAGAUCUUUUUCGUCACGGGCUCGGCAAGAUCAUGGCUGUGCCUUCUGUUAAUGUUGCGUACAAUGAUGACGAGGCGUUGGGCACGAAGGCAAAGCAUGGAUAUGUUGCUGACCAUGUUAAUAUGUCACGUUCUCUCAUGGCCAACGAGGAGUUUGUUGAGUGGCAGCUUGCGCCGCCGCCUAUGGUGAAGUGUCUCCCGAACUUUAAUCAACCGUCCUGGGUGCCGCCGACAUAA